AUGGAGCAUGGCCGCAAGCUGGAUGACAUUUUUACCAGCCCAUAUUGGCCAGUCUGGACAAAACACCUCAAAGAUUACAACAUAAAAAACCCCGGCCACGAGAUGGACGAGAUUAGAGUAUUGCUGGACAAUUACGACGAAAAUGCCGUGCUUGACAUGAUCCAAUCGACGAAGAAGAAUCCUGCUACGAAGGAGUGGGUGGCAUCCCCAGCCAUGUCUUGA